AUGUCGUCCAUCCAGAAGCCGGGGGGCGUCAAGCGGCGUGCAUGUGUCAAUUGCACCGUGGGCAAAGCCAAGUGCUCCCCACACUCCAAUGACAUCUGUGAGAGGUGCCAUCGGCUCGGCAAAGAAUGUGUCUAUCUGAACGUGGCGGACAAAAGAAAGAGCCCUGGGAGCAAUACACGCGUAAAGCUUCUUGAGAAGCGGGUCGAAGGCCUGGUAACACUUCUUACCAACCCAUCACUGCAAUCCACAGCAUCCCCUGAUCCGUUGACCCAAACAUCCGGUCUAGAGCCCCAACUUCAGCAGUCAACCGGAGCCCUCCAAACCCCCCAGUCACAGCCUUACAGUAUCCCUUCUGGUUCAAGCGUUGGCGUCGCACCCCUUACCCAGCUCUCACCCCCGACGUCUGAUGCUGGUAGUGCGUGGGGAACCAGGCCACCCGAUGUUGUGGACAGAGGUAUCGUGAGUGCCGAAGUAGCACAUGAGCUCCUCGAGACCUUCCGAAACAAGGCAAUCAACCAUUUCCCAUUCGUUGUUCUUCCCCAUCAUGCCAGUCUCCACUCCGUCCGGAGAGAUAGCCCCUUUCUGUUCCUCUGCAUUAUGGCCACGAUGAUGGUCAAGGAUUGCACGCUGCAGAGGCAGCUAGGGGAGGAGAUAAGAACCCAGGCUUACCAGAGGAUCAUGAUGGGCCGAGAGAAGAGCAUGGAUUUGCUGCAGGGUCUCUUGGUUCAUGUGGCCUGGUACCAGUAUCAGCUACAGCCACAGAAGCAGCAAAUGUUGCUCAUGACCCAGCUCUGUGUCAAUCUCGUUUACGAGCUUGGCAUCGAGAAAUGUCCUCGAGCGAGAAAUCAAAAUGCGACUGCUGGCAUUUUGUGCCCUCCAGACACUCAAUCCACCCUCUCCCCCACUGAGGUUCGAGCAUUAUUAGGCACAUACUACCUAGCUGCAACAUUUACUACGAAGCUUAAGAAAAGAAGUCUCAUGCCGCAUACCAAGUAUAUGAAACAAACCAGCCAAUGGUUAUCUAAACAAAAGGAGUAUCCCACAGAUGAGCUCAUCCCGUACCUGGUAGAUAUACAAGAGCUUUCGAGACGGAUACACGACAGUUUUUCUUUUGACAAUCCAGGGAACAUGGAUUCAGUGUCAGGCUCUGUCACUGAGUCGAUGGCCAAAUGUUAUCUUGCAGAAAUUGAUGCCCUCCAGUGUUCAAUCCCUCAGGUCUUAAUGCAAAAUGCCACAUUAGCCCUAGAGUUCCCCGCCAUACGUGCGAUGAUCCAAGAAAGCGCGCUCUUUGAUGAACUCUGGUGUGGUUCUGAUGUCUCUCCAGCCAGAACGGCUUCUAUGCUCCCGGCAGCUCGAACCACUUUAACUUGGGAAUCAAUGCAGAGCUAUAAAAUGCUCCUCAAGGGCCUCGUGGAGUACCCCAAUGAAGACGCCUUCUACCUCACAUUCUCCACCUUCUCGAAGCUGUGCUCGGUUCUGUCGUGGCUCGCCAAGCUUGUGAAUAUUGCGCUUGGUCCUCCCAAGAGUAGCGCAGACGUCAAUUCAUCAAUGGUACAAAGUACUUCACAUCCUUGGGCAUCCAUGGUCGCGGGGGACGUGGAGCUGCGGAAUCUGGUCAGGCAAGCCCAACACAAGCUCAACUGCAUGUCGGCUGGUAUUGCGAGCGGAUCGGCCGAACCGGACUCCAUGACGACGUUUUCGAUUCUCGUGGGAAGCGCGCUUUCGGUUUACGAUAAGCAGCUGCAGGAAUAUCAGAGGUCUUCACAGCAACAAGCUCCCGCGGAACUUCUACCCAACCAAGCCAUGUCAUCCGGAGCCGUGGUUGGCGAAUUUCCUGAACUUUACCCAGUGAUGCCUCCCGAUGCUGCAACUCUGGACUUCUUCGGAAACCUGAUGCCCCAGUUCUGGGACGAUAAUGCCGGGUUUCAGCUUGAUGCGUUCCAGGACAUGAUCUGGGAUAGAUUCCUCGACGAUGCGAUACUACUCCCUUGA